UAAGUCGAUCUUUUUUUUAGUGUACUACAAUAUUACCCUAAAUUCACUCAAUAUUGGUGUUAAAUCAAAUAUGAUCACUGAAAGAAGAGUUAGAGUACUAGUUGUGGGGUAUUUCGUAUUUAAUUCAAUGGAACCACCAAAUUUCAUGAAAAUGGGUUAAACUCAAGCCAAGUAUAUAGAAAGGUGAUAGUGAUUUGUCUCAAAGUUUUCUCAUACACAAUAUUGUUAAAUAUUUGUAUGUAGCAUUUAAAUGCAUUAUAUAUAUUGGUAUAUAUAUAAGUAUACAUUUCUGACUACUUCUUCUGAUCAGCAGAGUGAAGUCUAUACCAAAACCAUUUACAUAUGAUUCAACCAAAGAAAUUCAGAGGUGUCAGGAGACGCCAUUGGGGUUCUUGGGUCUCUGAAAUUCGUCAUCCAUUACUGAAAAGAAGAGUGUGGCUUGGGACAUUUGAAACAGCAGAAGAUGCAGCCAGAGCAUAUGAUGAGGCAGCUAUCUUAAUGAGUGGCCGUAAUGCCAAAACUAAUUUCCCAAUCAAACCAAAUAAUACUAAUAGUAAUAAUAUUAAUAGAUUUCUGGUUGGUGGUGGAGCUGCAACGACGUCGUUUUCGGCAAUACUUGGUGAAAAGCUUAAGAAGUUUGGCAAGGCAACACCCUCACCCUCUCUCACUUGCUUGAGGCUUGACACUGAGAAUUCCCACAUAGGGGUUUGGCAGAAACGGGCCGGGUCUGGGUCUGAGUCUGGGUCUGAGUCCAACUGGGUCAUGAUGGCUCAGCUAGUCCCUCCUAAGAAUCAAAAUCAUCAUUAUCAAGAUGUGGAACAACUUCAAGUAGUAGAAGAAGUUCAACCAAGUAGUAGGCCUGAAGAAGUUGAUGAUAAUAUUGGUGGGAGUAAAUGCAAUAUGGGACUUGAUGAGGAGGAGAAAUUAGCCUUGCAAAUGAUUGAGGAGCUCCUUAAUAUAUAAUUAUAGCAAUUAAUUACUCCUGUUCAUGAUUAUUAUUGUUAUUAUAUAUAUAUGGGGCGAUUGUAAUAUUGUGUAUAUAUUAUGGAUUGUCUAAAUACUAAAUUAGUAAUCUGUUUAUGAAGCUGAAUAAAAUGUUUUUUUUAAAAAAAA